AUGGAUACUUCGGAGAGCAAGUCGGAGGUCGUGGUGGCUUCUGAUAAUGAGGCUCAGCCUGGCGCGCGGGCGCCUAUCAAACCAAAAUGGUACCGCAGCACCUUAUACAACGCCCUCAUCCUGGGGCUCUGCAACUUCCUGGCGCCUGGGAUCUGGGGCGCCAUGAACUCGCUGGGCGCGGGCGGCGAGGAGAAACCCUACCUGGUAAACGCCGCGAAUGCCCUGACCUUCGGCCUGAUGGUGUUCUCGUGCUUUUUCUCGCCCAUCCUCGUGAAGUACAUCGGAAUUAAGUAUACCCUGAUGUUCGGGACUAUGGGCUAUGCGCCGUUCGCCGCGGGGCUAUACACCAAUAACCGGUUUGGGACGGAGUGGCUCGUGCUGUUUGGCGCUGCGCUAUGUGGGAUUUCCGCUGGUGUGUUCUGGAUGUCGGAAGCAGCUAUAGCAUUGUCCUAUCCGGAGCCUUAUAACCAGGGACGGUUCCUCGGCUUCUGGCUGAGCUUCCGUGUCGGAGGACAGGUUCUGGGAGGUGCUAUCAACCUGGGCCUGGAUGCACAUAACAACCAGGCGGGCAAGGUAUCAUAUCAUGUAUACCAGGCAUUCAUCGCCCUGCAAGCCUUAGGACCUGUUGCCGGUUUCCUGCUGAACAAGCCUGAGAAGGUUCAGCGUACCGAUGGCGUCCCUGUCACUCUCUCGAUCAGCCAAAGCAGCUGGGGCGAAAUCAAAGAUGUGACCCGCCUUUUCUUUUCCAAAAACUUCCUGUUGAUCGUUCCACUCAUCUGGCAAGGCGUGUAUACCGAAUCGGUGAUGUUUACCUUCCAAUCCAUGUGGUUCUCCGUUCGAGCUCGCGCACUCGGAUCAUUCCUUUCAGGAAUCAUUGCGAUCAUCGCUGGAAACAUCCUCGGAUCCUUCCUAGACUACAAGAAGAUCUCGCUGAAGCGGAGAGCGCGAGGCGCUUUCUUCACUAUCAUGACCCUGCAAGGCGGAUGGUGGAUCUGGUCCACUAUCCUGGUAACUCAAUAUCGCAAAGAGAUGCCUACUUAUGAUUGGACCGAUGCCGGGUUUGGCAAGGGGUUUGCGUUGUUCUUGUUCUGGGUUGCGGGCUUUCAGCUGAACUAUAUGUAUUUGUAUUUCGUGGUUGGUGAGCUGGCGACUACAAACGAGGAGGUCGUUCGUAUAGCGGGCUUGCUUCGAGGAACGGAGUCUGCUGCGCAAGCCGUUAGCUAUGGCCUUGAUAGUGUCCGUAUCUUCGCCCAGGUUGGCGGCGUAUAUCUCAAUUUUGGUCUGUGGGGGCUGGCCCUAGUGCCCGCUUGGCUGGUCGUUAGAGGGAUAGGUGUCACCCUUGGAGACAAGAAAAUCGAGAGAGAAAGGGCCCUUCUAGCCCAUCAAGAGGAGGCGACGGAUGAAAGCAAAAGCUGAGGAAUGUUUCACUCUACCCGGUAUGCUCUCUGUUGGGUUCAAAAGAGGUGCGCCUUUGGAAUAAUAUUGAAAAUUCAUGGCAAUCCCACCCUCGCUUGCCGAGCUUUCGCAGUCUCCGGAUCGACAACAAGUUCAUGAUUCUCAACUUUCUCGAUCGAGGCACUGCGUCGACUUGAAAGAGAGGCUCCAAUAGGCUUGCAGUCACUAAAGGUUCCAAGCUAGGGAGGUGGUUCAGACUUUCAAUGCUUAUAGACACGGUGGCUCGUGCGGUCUUCUCUUCUUCUGCUCCUUUGACGUAGCACACCCUCUCUGAC